AUGGUUGUUGUGGUCAGAUUUGCCACUAACUUGCUUUAUCGUUUAAAUAGAUUGCUACCAAUAGUUUUGUUCUCCGACUUAUUCUUUUCUCAGAACUCUUUUAUUCGCAUUACUCGUGAUUUUAAUUUAUUUCUGGUCAUAAAAACUUGUUUAAGUUGUGAUAGAAGCAGUAAAGGGUGA